CUUGGUAGAUUGUAACUUCAUCAUGGGCUGAGCUGGAGGGCCUUUGUAUCUUUUCCAAUAUAAUACACGUGCUCGACUCCAACUGUCCAUACGUCAACAACGGUUGUGAGAACCGCACACAGCUGCGCUGUGAUUUUGUCGCUGCUUAAGAUGUCACUUGCAUCGACACUUCAGCACCAUCUCGUAUCUACUACUCACUUCAAGUCAAUAGUCUACAGUGGUUAUUCUUCUCUAGUAGUAUACCGGAUAUCGCCUUAAACCCCCUCCCAUUCUCCGGACCACCAUCUCUUGCCUCCACGAGGACUACCGCUCAAUUUGCCCGCUGGGAAAAAUUACUACUCCAAAUUACCGUGAACGGACGGCAGAUCAAGCUACGGUGUUCGGGUGUCGACGAGGGGACUUUCGGCCGCCGUCCCAGGCAACAGCAGCAAGCUCCGCUGCCGGUCCGGGCAUGACGGUUGCUGUGCCUGAAAGAACAGCCCCUACACCCCCAUGGCGACCUCCGACUGACCCGCUGCCGCUUACUGCUACCCAGCCAGUCAGCCUGUGUUACCAUGGCAACUUCUCCCUGUCUCUCGUGGACAACGACAGUGACGUCAGUGAUGACGUAGUGGACGCGGACAGCAUACGUAGCAUCCUAGAGCUUGCAGAGCAGUGUGCAUUGGGAAUAUCGGCAAAGGACACCGCCCAUCAUCAGGACAUGUAUCCGAACGAGUUAUCACCCCCAUCAGCGAGUUGUGAGGAGGCGACCACAACGUACCAACCUUGCCGAUUUACGGCUGGUGUCAAACGAAAACUGGACUUCGACUCCGUAGCGGAUGACGAGACGGUCGGAGGUAGCCUUGCGUCGCGAGAGGACGGGGGCGAAAGGUGUGUCUCAGACUAUAUGGACCAGCAGAGGAUGUUGGAAGUGUCUCUGUGUAAAAUGAGGCGCAUGGAAGACCCAGAGACGUCCCUCCGAAGAUGUGUUCUUAUCAACAAUAUGACGGUUAAACUGAAGCGGGAAUUGGACCAUCACGAACGGCCUGUGCUGCUGCCGAAGAAACGGCACUCUUUCCGGCGUGUCGAUUCCAUCAGCGUACAACCAGAUGUGGUGGGGUUGACAGCGGCUCAUAACCCGGGGUGUCGGUAUGACAGCUACAGGGGAGGACUCCGGAGGACCCUUGAUGAUGCGUUUGAGAAGACUGGUCUGAGCCAGUGUAAAGAGUCUGCGGAUGGCUUACGGGAUAGCUUGGAGCUACCGAUGCGUUAUAACAAGUGUACAUCCAUGGAGUCAGACUGUGGAGAAGCGGCUGACGAUGACGACGGUGGCACAGUGGACGGUGAAACGCCCUCAAUCUUCGGCGAUAUCGACAAUGUGUUUCAGAGUCUUCUUUCAUGCCUUGGCGAACCCAUGUAAACUCUACGUGUUAAAGGCAGUAUAUGUUUCCAUAAAUUAAAACCCUUUCUGAUGACGGCUCGCUAUAAUAUUGUAAGGGAAAUACCCCAUCUAAAUUGCAACAUGCCUUCGAGAUUUACGAAAACUUUCCUGUACAGUGUAUAAAAUCUACAAAAUGAACUCUAACUCGAACUUCCUAAAAAGAUGUACAUGACUUAUAAACAAGAUUGCAGCUAAGAGACAUGUAUUUAUUAUAGUUUUCAGAAAUAAUUGGUAUUGUGUGAGCUGUAGGGCCUAUACUGUGAUAACGGUGUUGGCAAACAGGCUGAUAUUGAGACUUCAAUGGAUUUUUUAAAUAAGAAACGUUUUAGACGGACAUAAGUCAUGGCCUUAAAAAAAGACUGUCCACCAAUGGUUGACUUUUCGGUGUGAGCAGAGCCAUGAAACAGUGCCUAUUUCCUCAAAGCUUCGAGCAAAACAAAACUUGAAGUAGGUCUACAGACAAUUAUUAUUGGUUGGCAUCUAAAGGUUACCAACGAAAAUACAAUUCACACUAUUGCUGCAACUGGUACCCACUCUUAACUUGCUUGGCAAAGGAAUUUGGUGAGCAAAAUUGUUAUUAAUGUAAAAGCUCUGUGAAACUAACUCUGAUGUGUUCGUAUGAAUGUCACAUGACGUCUGAAACAGUAAGCGCCACACACUAUUUUGGGCUGAUAAUAAUAUAAUAUCGAAGUUUUAAAAGCGCACGUAUCUACCAAACAAGGUACUCAAGGUGCUGAGUAUAUACAAACUCCCAGAAAGAUAGGUUGUUACAAUGAUACAUUUUGAGACCCAAUUAUGUAGCACCUUAAAGGGUUUACAAGGUGCAAAGGCGCACA